AUGGCCUCUUCUGUUGCAGCCAAGCAACUCGCCACGGCGCAGAAAUUCGUCGACGGCUACAACGAAUGGACGGCACAAGGCGUCGUACGCGCUCGAUCUGACGACUGCGUGCAUGCUGUCCUUCCAGUCUCGCUGAACCGGCCGCCAAGGACGAACGCAGACUACAAGUUGUUCUUUGGGAAUGUGGAGCCACACAUGAGCGACUUCCACAUGAAGGUUGUCAAGAUUGUCAAUGACCCGGAGCAGAAAAUGGCGGUCGUGCACGCCACAGGCAACGGAGAGACGCCCUUCAUGCCGUAUCGAAAUGAGUACGCCUUCUUCCUGGCGUUCAGCGAAGACCGCGAGAAGGUCGAGAGGAUCGAGGAGUUCCUGGACUCCAAAUUUACGACUGAAUUCUUCCAGAAGAUGCAGGAGUACCUGCAACACGCACAGAAGGCUUGA